GGACGGAAGGUGUUUCCAUGCUCGCAAUGUAGAUACACUACGGACAGACGCAACAAUCUCAAACGUCACAUGUUAACGAUGCAUCAAGCGAGUUCGAAACUUUUAGAAUGUUGUGGGAUCUUGUUCACCACGAAGGCGUCGUUAAGAGAACACGCGAUGAUCUUCCAUUACCAUGGAUACACGUGUUUUUACUGUGGUCGAAGAUUCUGUCGAAAGGCGUUAUUGAAGCGCCAUCUAUCGGUUCACAACGGACAAAAAGAUUUCGUUUGCACUGUCUGUGAUUACGCUACAAGUCAUAAAAGUAAUUUAGAAAGACAUAGAAAGGUUCAUUCU